AGAUGCAUUCUUCUCCUUCAGUGUCUUGCAGUAUUGAGUUCUCUUCUGCCUCUUGAUGACCUCUCAUCAAUUCCUUUCCAUGGAUAAUUCCUCCUCUUCAUACAAACUCCCAGAGAAGUACGAUGUGCUCAUCAACUUUACUGGAGACGACAUCCACAGAAAAUUUGUUUCUCAUCUCGACUCUGUCCUCACUUCUGUUGGAAUCUCCACUUUCCUUCACCACCAGAAUUCAGUGAAGGCAACUCACAUCCAACAACCUAUUCUCAAGAACUGUCGGGUAGCCAUUGUUGUUUUCACCCAAACCUAUUCUCAAUCUGCUUGGUGUCUUAAUCAGCUUCAACAAAUAAUCAAAUGGCAUGAAACUUAUCUCCGACAUGUUCUGCCCGUAUAUUACGAAAUCCAGCCAUCUGAUGUACGUCUUCAGAAAGGUGAUUUUGGAAAAGCCUUGAAGGCAACUGCACAACAAACAUUUUCAGGACAACAACUGGAGGAUGCCAUGUCCAGGUGGAGCUAUGCACUCACCAAAGCUGCAAAUUUCUUUGGAUGGGACGAGAAUAAUCACAGGAGUGAUGCUGAACUAGUGGACAAAAUUGUUAAGAGCCUUCUUAAUUUACCAGUCCUGUCAGCUACUAGAUUUCCAGUUGGAUUACAAUCUCACGUGGAAGAUCUGAUUCGAACUAUAAAUAGUAAAUCCAGGGAAGUUUGUACAAUAAGGAUAUGUGGACAGGGAGGCUCUGGUAAAACCACCCUUGCUAAAGCCAUCUACCAUCAAAUUCAAUGUAAAUUCAGGAUGAAAAGUUUCAUUGAAGAUAUUGAACAACUUAGCGGAACAAGAAGGGAUCUUCGUUUACAAGAACAACUUCUUUUAGAUGUCCUAAAAACAAAGGUAGAGAUACCUAGCGUUGAUGUGGGGAGAACUAUGAUUCAGGAAAGACUUUCUGGGAAAAGGGUGCUAAUUGUACUUGACCAUGUGUAUUACUUUUGUGAACUUUUAAACCUACUGAAAUAUCGUCAUUCGUUCAGUGAAGGAACUGUAAUAAUCAUUACAGCAGAAAAGGAAAUGCUACUGGGUGAAUAUCAAACUGAAACUGUUUUUUGGGUAGAGCAAAUGGACAUAAAUGAGUCCCUUGAGCUUCUUAGUUGGCACGCAUUUAGAGAAGCAAAACCAAUACAAGAAUACGACGACCUUGCAAAACAAGUAGUUAAUUAUUGUGGAGGACUACCUCUAACUCUUGAACUCAUUGGAAGUAGUUUAUUUGAAAGGACGAAAGAAGAAUGGCAACGUGUAAUUUUUGGAUUAGAGGACACUCGCAAGUAUGCUGUUCAACAGAAAUUUGAAGUUAUCUUCCACGCUUUACUCAAUGAAAUGGAAAAAAAUUUAUUCCUAGAUGUAUGUUGUUUCUUUGUUGGUAAGGGCAGAGGCUAUGUUACGAAGAUCCUAAAUGGCUGGGGAGUAAACGCUGAUAUUGGAAUAAGAGUUCUCAUGGAGCGCAACCUCAUAAAAAUUAAGAAGAACAACAAAUUGGGAAUGCAUCCUUUGCUACAACAAAUGGGAAUAACAAUUUCUGUAAAGGAACCUGGGAAGAACAGGCGACUCUGGUUUGAUAAGGAUAAAAAAUAUGGAACACAAAACAUGCAGUGGUUGCCCGUGGAAGAUCCCUUCAGAAGAGUACACCCGACAGAAAAUUCUCAGUACCGUCAUAAAAAACUAGGAUGGAUCAGUUCUUUGCUCUUUUCAUCACAGGGGACAAAAGCCAAUAAGAGGUUUUCUCCGAAACGGGAUGAAGUAGGAAUGUCUGUAAAUUCUGAAUACCUUUUACAGAAACUGAAAUGGACCAUUGUGCAUGGGUUUCCGUCAGAAUACCUUCAUAGAAAAUUUUAUGUGCAUGAUGCAAUAGGGAUUGAUUUAAAACACAGUCUUCUUCGACUCGUCUGGAAAAAACCACAGGUUUUAAGGUGGCUAAAAGUCCUUAAUCUUAGUCACUCCAAGUAUUUAAAAGAAACUCCCGACUUUUCCGGAUUACCAAGUCUUGAACAACUCAUUUUGAAACAUUGUUCAAGAUUGCGCAAAGUACACCGAUCUAUUGGAUCACUCAACAAUCUUAUACUGCUAAAUUUGAAAGACUGUACAAGUCUAAGCAAUCUCCCAAGAGAGAUAUUUGAGUUGAAAUCUUUAAGAACUCUCAUUCUCUCUGGUUGUUCCAUGAUUGACCAAAUGGAAAAUGAUUUAGUGCAGAUGGAAUCCUUGAUAACUCUAAUUGCUGAAAAUACAGCUGUGAAAGAAGUGCCUUUUUCAAUUGUAAGCUCAAGAAGCAUUGGAUACAUAUCCCUACAUCGAUUUGAGGGAUUAUCAAGUAAUCUUUUUCCUUCUAUCAUUGGGUCUUGGAUGUCGCCAACGAUGAAUCCCAUAUCUUGUAUUCAUUCGUUUUGCAUGGAUAUGGCGGAUAAUAGUUGGGAUGAUAUGGCACCAUUGCUAAGCACCCUUGCCAAUCUUCGAAGUGUUUUGGUAGCAUGUGACACCGAGUUUCAAUUAUCUGAGCAAGUGAAAAAUAUUUUGGUCGAAUAUUUUGCGAAUAUUACAGAAGCAGGAAUUUCAAAGCAGCACUUCAGGUGUUCUUUGAUUGGUGUUGGAGCAUACCAUCAAUUCUUCAAUGCUGUCGGCGAUAACAUAUAUGAGGUAUUGGCAAGCAGUGAGUCUUGUGAUGUUUCUCUCCCAGUUGUCAAUGAUCCUUAUUGUUUGGCGCAUAUGGGUGAGGGACACUCUGUUUCCUUCACUGUGCCUCAAGAUUGUGACAUGAAGGGAAUGGUUUUAUGUGUUGUUUAUUUAUCAACUCCUAAAAUCAUUGAACCUGAAUUUACUACUGUCUUAAUUGUUAAUUACUCAAAGUGCACAUUCCAGAUACACAACCAUGGCACAAUAAUUUGCUUUAAUGAUGAAGAUUGGCAUGGUAUAAUGUCAAACUUAGAAUCUGGAGACACGGUGGAGAUUUUUGUGAAUUUUGGUAAUGGAUUGGUGGUCAAGAACACAGCUGUUUAUCUGAUAUGUGGUGAAUCAAAGAACAUGGAAAAAGCGUCUGAGCCAAAACAUUCUCUCAUUAGAUUCAUAAAGAAAGUUGUAAUGUGACUUUUGGAGAAUCUUUUAUCUUCCUUCAGAACAGCAACAUCACUUUAGUUAUGGAAUUAAUCCUGGUGUUCUUGAUUGCUAUUUAUAUUUUCUCAUCCUUUCCAUGUUUUACUUUAGAGUAUAGCUUACAGUUAAGAAAUUCAUGUUUAUUUUAGUCAUGUUUCUCACUCUGGCGUUGUGUUUCCCAUCAAGAAUUCCUCUCAAAGAAAAAGAUAUGCGUUACGAAAUAAAGGCAGAUGUUGUUCGGCUUUUGUUUUGCUAUCUUCUAGUUAGACUCUGUUUUCGUUUUACUGUAGCUUCAUAC